AUGAAUUUUCCCGAUGAUAGUGGUUAUUCAAACGCAGCUAUGGGACACCAUAGGAGAGCUCAAGGACCAUCCAUUAAGGAGGCGUACAAUGAAGGUGGCCUAAAAGCAGGAGCAGUACACGCGGCAAGGAUCGCGUACGACAUUUUAUCCCGUCGUAAAGCAGCCGAGGAAGGUGUAGCCAGGCUCGCCCGAGUGCUGUCAGCGCUCGACUUGACAGCACUGGGCGUAGGGAGUACACUGGGUGUGGGUGUGUACGUUCUGGCCGGUGAUGUAGCUAAGAAUUAUGCGGGGCCGGCUGUUAUACUGUCGUUUUUGCUGGCAGCUGUCGCUAGUGUUUUUGCAGGUUUGUGUUACGCUGAGUUCGGAGCUCGUGUCCCUAAAGCCGGCUCGGCCUAUGUCUACAGUUAUGUUUGUGUUGGAGAGUUCAUCGCCUUUAUCAUUGGAUGGAAUCUCAUACUCGAGUAUAUUAUUGGCGCGGCGUCAGUAGUGAAAGCACUGAGCGAGUAUUUGGACUCGUUGCUCGACAAGGCGAUCUCCACACAGCUGAUGGAAUGGAUGCCGAUGAACUCGCCUCAUCUAGCGAAGUAUCCAGAUAUCUUCGCUUUUAGUGUGAUCAUGGCCUUCUCUGUGGCUCUAGCUUUCGGCGUGAAGGAGUCAACCAAGUUCAACAACUUCUGUACGGGAGUCAAUCUCUGUGUUGUACUGUUUGUCAUCAUUUCUGGAUCUUUCAAAGCUGAUACUAAGAACUGGCGUAUCCCAGCCUCAGAGGUGCCUCAUUCCGAGACUAAGAACUUUGGUACUGGAGGGUUCGCGCCGUAUGGCCUUGCGGGGAUUAUAAAGGGCGCUGCCGUCUGCUUUUAUGGGUUCAUUGGUUUCGACUGCGUAGCGACAGCUGGGGAAGAGGCCCGGAGGCCUCAGAAGAGCAUCCCCUUCGCAGUAGUGGCGUCCCUACUCAUCGUGUUCCUGGCCUACUGCGGGGUGUCCUCCGUACUCACUCUCAUGCUGCCCUAUUACAUGCAGGACGAGAAGGCCCCGUUCCCGUUCGUGUACGACCGCCUGGGCUGGUCGUGGGCCAAGUACGCCGUCAGCGUCGGAGCCAUCUGCGCGCUCUGCUCCAGUCUCCUGGGCGCAGUCUUCCCUCUACCUCGUAUCAUCUACGCGAUGUCGUCGGACGGACUGCUGUUCAAGUUCAUGGGCCGCGUUAGUCAAAAAUAUCAGACACCGCUUGUGGGCACCAUGGUGGCUGGGUUCUUUACUGGAACGUUGGCCAUGAUCUUCGAGCUGGAGCAGCUGAUCCAUAUGAUGUCCAUCGGGACCCUGCUGGCUUACUCCAUGGUGGCGUCCUGUGUCCUGUUACUCAGGUACGAGCGGACUCAGUCGCAGCAACGUUCGGCCGAGCCGCUGCAGUUCUCCUGGCGAGCCUUACUGAAGCAGUUGUUCAAUUCGUCGCGACUGGACACGCCCACUAGGCUUAGUUCCAUGCUGGUCUCCGCGCUCGUUACUUUUUAUGGUGUGUGGUGCGUGGUGGUGAUGAGCCUGGUGUCGCGGCUGGGGGGGGCGGCGCUGGAGGGUGGAGGGGGGGCGCUGCUGGCGCUGGUGGCCGGCGCGGUGGUACUACUGGCCACGCUGGUGGCCAUUUCCAGGCAGCCCGUCUCCGAGAAGAAGCUCGCUUUCUCGGUGCCUCUGGUCCCUUGGUUGCCGGGUCUUAGCAUCCUAAUCAACGUGUAUCUCAUGCUGAAUCUCGACCACAUGACUUGGAUAAGAUUUGGAGUUUGGAUAGCCGCUGGUCUCAUAAUCUAUGCCACAUACGGAGCGUGGCAUAGCUCAGAGCGCCGUAGAACUUUAGAUGCGGUACAAUUAGCUGAACUCCAUAACGAUAGUCAGACCGCCCUGCUCCAGACCGGUCUGUCUCAACACGCGCUCGGCUGA